AUGAGAAGGCAAAUGCUAUAUGGCGCCGGGGUGCCUAAUCGUGAGAGCAUGCGAUACUCUCUCCAGUCCCGUGAGAUCAUCGCAGAUAGUAUCGAAACCGUCACAAGCGCUCAAUAUCACGAUGCCUGUAUUGCGAUUCCCGGUUGUGACAAAAACAUGCCUGGCUGCAUAAUGGGUAUGGCGAGACACAAUAGACCCUCCUUGAUGAUAUACGGUGGGACUAUUCAAGUCGGAUACUCCAAGUUCCUCCGAAAACGAAUCAACAUUUCGACUUGCUACGAAGCCGCAGGCGCAUACGCUUAUAACACCUUAACCCAGCCUGACGAUGGUGGUGAUCGAUCGAAAAAUAAAGACGAGAUCAUGGAGGACAUCGAGCGAAAUUCCUGUCCUAGCGCCGGUGCGUGCGCUGGGAUGUACACAGCCAACACCUUGGCAACUGCUAUCGAGUCAAUGGGUUUAACUUUACCAGGCUCCUCUUCCACCCCGGCCACAGUACCAUCGAAGAUGCGUGAGUGCGCAAAAGCCGUAGACGCCAUCAGGAUAUGCAUGGAGAAGAACAUUAAGCCAUGUGACUUACUCACCAAAAGGUCUUUCGAGAAUGCCUUGGUCAUCACCAUGGCGUUGGGUGGAAGCACCAACAGUGUUAUUCAUCUGAUUGCUAUGGCUCGUACUGCCGGGGUUGAACUAACACUCGAUGAUUUUCAACGAGUGAGCAAUAAAAUCCCCUUUAUUGCCGACCUGGCGCCCAGUGGGAAGUACUAUAUGGCGGACCUGUAUGAAGUUGGCGGAAUACCAUCGGUGCAGAAGCUGCUGGUAGCAGCAGGUCUCAUGGAUGGCGAUAUUCUCACGGUAACCGGCAAAACACUGGCGGAGAACAUCCAGUCUUUCCCAUCUCUCCCACAGGACCAGGGCAUAAUCCAUCCGCUAGCUAACCCUAUAAAGUCUACCGGUCAUAUACAAAUUCUCAAAGGCAACCUCGCCCCUGGUGGUGCAGUCGCUAAAAUUACCGGGAAAGAAGGCACCAAAUUCAGAGGGAAAGCCCGAGUUUUUAACAAGGAACACGAACUCGAUACAGCACUUAACCAAGGCCUAAUUCCACGGGGAGAGAACCUUGUCUUGAUUGUCAGAUAUGAAGGGCCGAAGGGAGGGCCCGGGAUGCCGGAACAGCUCAGAGCAAGUGCUGCGUUGAUGGGAGCCAAGCUCACAAAUGUCGCUCUAAUCACAGAUGGUAGAUACUCUGGUGCCAGCCAUGGGUUUAUCGUAGGCCAUAUCGUCCCUGAGGCUGCUGUUGGUGGGCCUAUCGCUGUGGUGCAAGAUGGGGAUUUGAUUACGAUCGAUGCAGAGACGAAUGAGCUCAGCAUGGCAGUUUCGGAUGAGGACAUUGCUGAGCGAAUGAAGAACUGGGAAGCGCCGAAGCCACAUGUUACGCGCGGGACAUUGGCCAAGUACAUGAGGCUUGUUGGCGAUGCUUCGCAUGGCGCAAUGACGGAUAUGUUUUGA